AUGAACACGACGCAUCACUUCGGGUGGGUAGGGAGAGGGGGCCGCGCCGUUGCCCCUCUGUUCAACUUUUUGCAGUCCUUUCUUCCGGAUACGCGGCAUCCGGCGGCAUCCCAGGCGACGCCGUAUGGCGUCAAUCGCUAUGUUCUGCUGCUCGUCUACCUCUUCCUGGUGGUGUUGAUGGGCAGCGACUAUCUAGGAUGGGGACCUCUGAGCUCCAUGCUCUACAGAUCCCGAGCGUUUUACUGGCUUUGCAGUGAAGACGAAAUACUCUCCGCCACUUCUCAGAGCUCGCCGGGAAAACCCAUCUGCAUUCCGCAACGCCAAGCGAUCCAAACCCUCUUCUCGGGGUCCUAUGCCACAUACUUCAUUGCCAACGCACUCGCAGGGUUCCUCGUAGAUUUUGCAGGUCCGAAGGUGACCGCUUUACUGGGCGCUACGCUGAGUGCGUGCGGGUGGCUAAUGUUAGGCGCUUCCUGCGAAACCUUCAGGGUCCUCCUCCCCUCCUUCCUGAUGAUUGGAGGGGGAGCGGGCAUGAUUUACCUUCCGCUCCUAUGCAUUGUGAAUCUCUUUCCCGGAAGCUUCGGCAUUGUGCUGACGCUCAUGGGAGCCUCGUUAUCCCUCAGUCUCUCGGUGCCCUCGCUUCUGAACUCUAUGCACAGGUCAGGCGUCAGUCUGUCCUUUGUGUGCUGGAUGUAUGCCGUCGUUGGACCACUUAUGGGGAUCCUAGUCAUCAGCCUCUUCGUCCCCUUGGAAGGCUUCAUAGACGUUGACUUGUUUGUCCUCGUGCGGACAGGGCAGCCCUCCCAACCCUCUUGCAGUCUUCCCGAGGCCCUUCAGCAGCAACAGCAGCGAGAGCCACAGCAGCUAGAGCAGCAGGAUCCCCAGCAGCCAGAGCCACAGCAGCAGCAGCAGCUGGAGCAGCUAGAGCAACAGCAGCCACAGCAGUUCGAGCAGCAGCAGCAACAGAGGCCGAGAGUCUCGCUAAGGGGGAGUUGUCGGAGAGGCAAUGUGUACUCGUGCGGCUACCAGAGCCUUCGCUCUGAAUAUCCUGCGGGCUGCAAGACUUCGGGGGACCAAAGAUGCCCCGCGGUAGCGCUCAGCACGGUGACAGACGACGAUUAUUUUAAGCCCUUCAGGGUCGAAGCGUGGUCCUUCGUGUACUUUGCAGUUUGUGGGUACUUCACCCUGUGCAGCCUCUCUAUGCUGUACUACCAGAAGGCAGCGCCUGUUAUUCUCACGGAACCCGGACAAAUGGCUCUGGAAAUCGCGUCCCCCCUCUCCACGAUCCCUUGCAUCAUUCUCGGGCGCGUGACUGACUACAUCCCGAUAGUGUACGUCAUGAUGUUUGUUAAUUUCACAGGCGCAGUGAGUUUCUUGUUGGCUGCGUACCCGAUUGGGGACGCAAGCAUCAUCUCGGUCUGUUUCUUCUCGGUGUAUAUUGCCAUCUUCACCUCUCAAGUGUUUAUUUACAUCAAGUCUCUCUUCACGUCCAUCCACUUUGGCAAGCUCGCAGGGAUUGCUUGCAUGCUCGGCGGCAUCAUCUCCGUGUCUAUUGAAAGGGUCUACUGCCAACUGACGGAGAAACACUUCAAGGGCAACUACUCGCCUUCCCUGUGGGCUCACUUUGGAAUUCUCGUCUGUGCCUACUUCUUGUUGAUUCCCAUGGCGAGGGCCGCCUCCAGAAGGCAGAAAGAAAUGAGCUCUCAGAGGGAGCUGGUCACUCAGCCUACCACUAGAGCCAUCCCAGAUUACGCUUCCUAA